ACAGCUUUUUCAAAUCCUUCCCUUUAAAUUUUUAUUAUUAAUUAACUAAAUCCUUGGUAUUGUCCAAAUUCUAAGUAACAAAGCUGCGAUGGACGAUGUCCGGACAUUGCGAUACGACAUCCAGUGGGAUGUUUUCGAGGGGAUGCAAAUAGUCGACAUAAACUCAAAGUACUACGACAUGGUGAUCGAGUUUAUGUGGUCCCAAUCGUUUUUAAAAAGCCUGGUGUACGAGAGUCUCGGUCUGUUCGAUCUGCCGGACAUGAAAGAUACAUAUUCUAGAUAUGUGCUCCACAUCCUGCGAAACGAGUGCUCGGUGAUGAUGAUUAGCGAGGACGAAACGCAAAUAAUAGCAGUAGGCCUGCUCGAAUGGAUGACCGAGGAAUGGCACUCUUGGGUGUUCUUUCCCUCGUCGAUGCCCAGGAAUCUGUUCCAGCAGAUCAUCAUGAUGAAGAAGGAGCUCAUCGAUGCGACCAAGGCGAACCUGGGCAUCUCCACCUACGACUCGCUGAUGGUCCACGAGAUCGCCUUCCCGGAAGAUCUGUACUUCAACAAGGACUUCCUGAUGACCAUUUUCGAUGUGUUCGGCUUCGUGGCCCAGCACAUGCACAUGCCCCGCGUGAGCUUCAUUGCCCUGAGCUCCGUGGACCAGGAGGCCACCAGUCUGAUCGAGUACGACGAGAUCGGGCGCACCAUCUACUCGAUCUACAAGGUGGGCAACACCCGGCCCUUCGACAUCCUGCGCGAGCUGGACGAGAUGUACGCGCUGCUCUUUGAGCUGCCCGUCAGCCCGAUCCUCAAGUACGGCGACAUGCCCGGCUUCGAGGAGUUCCACGAGGCCCUGGAGGCCAGGUUGGCCAAGGAGGAGGCCGAGAAGCGACACGACGACGACUUCUGAGCUGUCUCUGUGGCGCCCAUCUCCCAUUUCUGUAGGAUCACUCUCAAGACUGCCCUUCCCUCAUUUAUUGUCUCCUUUGCUAACAUUAUCUUAAUAGCUACAAACUUUAACAGAGCGUAUGCAUAUAAAUAACAGGCCGUGUAUAAUGUG